GCUGAUUAUGGAGUCGAAAUAAACUUAUACCGUACUUAUACUUAUAUCAGUAUAUACUGCAGCUAGAGUUUGUGAUAAAAUGUCGGAUUCGCCAUAUGAAAACACCAGAUCUCGUAAAAAGGACGAAGAAAGCAGCAGCACAUCAAAUUCUUUAACUCCUACUUCAAUUUCUGUGGAUUUAAAGAAUGAAACCUUUGUAAAAGUCCGUAAUCUUCAGGCAAUCAUGAAGGAGGGAAAAAAGGCCAAGGCAAAACGUGAACUGGAAAUGGAAGAAGACUUUAAUUCCCUGGCAAUUUCGCCAUCAAUAAAAUCUCCAAAAGAAGUAAGAAUACCAAAAUUGAAUUAUGAUAUUGCCAAACCUUCAGAGAGUGGAAAACAUGUUGGUUUAGUCUUUGAUUCUCGGAUGAUGCAACACAAAGCAUCAAAGACAUUAGAUUAUCGAAGAAAACAUCCAGAAAGACCAGAACGAAUUUCAAGGCCGCUUGAAAGAUUAUGCGGUGCAGCUAUACUGGAUCGUGUAUAUUUAGUCCCAGGAAGGGAAGCAACAAAAGAUGAAUUAUUAUUGGUGCAUCAAGGAGAUCAUGUCGAUGAUAUAGCAUCAACUGCAAAUAUAGAGUCGGUGGAGGAUUUUGAAGAAAAACAAGGAAGAUAUAAUUCUAUUUAUUUAUGUAAAGAGUCAUAUAUGUGUGCUCUGGUUAGUUGUGGUUGUACACUAUCUAUUGUGGAUGAGGUUGUCAAAGGAUCACUGACUUCUGGAUUUGCCCUAGUUAGACCACCUGGUCAUCAUGCAGAAACACACACAGCUUAUGGAUUCUGUCUCUUCAACAAUGUUGCUGUAGCAGCAAGGCAUGCACAAAAAUUAGCAAAAAAUGAAAGAUUAGUAGAAAGCGAAGAAAUGUAUAAAGUUUUAAUUUUGGAUUGGGAUGUUCAUCAUGGUAACGGUACGCAGAAUAUGUUUUAUGAUGAUCCUUCUGUUUUAUAUAUUUCUUUCCAUCGAUACGAUAAUGGGAUAUUUUUUCCAUCAACCGAAGAUGCAAAUUAUGAUAGGGUUGGGAAUGGAAAGGGCCUUGGUUUCAAUAUAAAUAUACCGUGGGGUGGAGCAAGAAUGGGAAAUUCUGAAUAUUAUACUGCAUUUGAAAGGAUUGUGAUGCCGAUUGCAGAAGAAUUUAAACCAAAUCUUGUCUUGGUAUCAUCUGGAUUUGAUUCUGGUAAAGGUGAUCCCCUCGGUGGAUAUCAUGUCACUCCAAACAUGUUUGGAUAUAUGUCACAUAGGUUGCAGAUGUUGGCAUGUGGGAAGGUUGUUAUUGUAUUGGAGGGUGGAUACAAUCUAACAACAGUAUCAGACAGUGUGCUUGCUUGUGUUGAAUCAUUACUUGAAUUUCCUCGUGAUACAAGGAAGAUUGGGAGCCCCGAUAUCGAGAAUCUAAAAUACAAUGUUCCACCAAGGUUAAAACCUCCAAAUACGCCAGGUCUGUCAUGCAUUCUACAAGUCCUGGAAUAUAUUGUUUCGUUUUGGCCUUGCUUGAAAAGUCACAAAAACAAAGUUGAUGAAUUGCUUCAGGUUGCAAAACGUCUUUCUAUUGAGAAAUUGACGAAAAGCAUUAACAAGUUAGAAGUUGAGGAAGACAAAAAUUCAAAAAAAAGGCACAGUUAUGGUACAAGAUUGCAAUCUUCAAAGAAAAACGAGAAUGGACCAGAUACCCCAAAUUUGAAUUCCAGCUCAUCUACAAUAACACCGACAAUAAAAUCACCUGAAAAUUUAACUUUUUCUACUCCAACUGGUGAUUCAACAGACUUUAUUAUAAAAUCUAAUAAUGAAACAACUGAAAAUAGCAAUUCAUUCAACAUGGAGGAUUUAAAAAAUGCUUUACCUGAUACUGAAACCGAUAAUGCAGAUAACCUUUCAGAUGAUUCUUACUAUAGUACAGCCAGUGUGCUGGGUGGUGGGCAGUCACCUAACACACCGAGUGCUACUCCCCACACAGAAGACACAGAAAAUCCAUCAUCAGCAAAAAUGGAUGGAAGUUAUCUCGAUUCCUUAUCAGAGGUUAAAAAAGUAUAUAACAAACCAAAUAUAGAUAAUGAACUUGGUGCGGUAGGUGGGGAAAUGGAGAUAACAACUGAUAACAAAACAAGGAAAGAGAUUACUAUGGUGUUAUCUGCAAUGGGUCUUACUGACAUUGAUGGGAUGAGUAUGGAAGAUAUGAUAGCUAUAGCUCAAGCGACACUUCCUGAACAUGCAAGUGGAUAUACAGUUCCUAAAGAUAAUUGCCCUCAUGUUGAAGGUCAUGUUAACCCCAAAACAGUGGAUUUACUAAACCUGGACACAUUCUGUGCUAUGUGUGAAUAUGUUAUUGAGAAUUGGACUUGUUUGCAAUGUGCAGAGGUGUUUUGUGGAAGAUUUGUUAAUGCUCACAUGUUGGAUCAUUUCAAUGAAACUGGACAUGCUGUUGUGUUAAGUCAUUCUGAUUUAAGUUUCUGGUGUUACAAUUGUGACGCAUAUCUCAACAAUUAUACAAUAAAGAUUUUACGUGAAGUGUACAGGAAGGCCCAUGUAUUGAAGCACAAUGUUGAUCUACCUUCCUGAUUCUGAUAAUUGAACUUCGGAUGUUUCUAAUAAUGAAUUUUUCAAUCAUCAUAAAAAUACCUUUUAUUUAAAUAAUUACAAUAUUUUUACUC